AUGGCCGACCCGUUCACCUCGUUGGCGGCGCUGUCGUUGGCCAUGUUCCUCGGCAGCUACCUGGCCGGCUAUGUGCCGCUGCUGUUCACGAUGUCGGAGUCCCGGAUGCGCAUCCUGAGCAUCUUCGGCGCCGGGCUGCUCGUCGGCACCGCGCUGUCGGUGAUCAUCCCCGAGGGCGUGGAGUCGCUGUACGCCGUUCGUGCAGCGGUGCAU